GUGGGUGGGGCCGGUUCCGGGCAGGAUAGAGCUGCGGGGCUUCCGGCGCCCGCAGCUGAAUUCGGUUCAUUCGGCUCAAGAUGCGCGGCGGGGAGGGCGCCUCGCGGGCCCCAGUGCUCCAGCUCACCAACUGCCGCAUCCUGCGGGGCCGGAGGCUGCUCAGGGAGGAUCUGUGGGUGCGCGAGGGCCGCAUUCUGGACCCAGAGAAGCUCUUCUUUGAGGAGCGGCUCUUAGCCGACCAGCGGCGGGACUGCGGGGGCUGCAUCCUGGCGCCCGGCUUCAUUGACGUGCAGAUCAACGGUGGAUUUGGCGUUGACUUCUCCCAGGCCACAGAGGAUGUGGGUUCGGGAGUAGCCCUGGUAGCCCAGAGGAUCUUGUCGCACGGAGUCACCUCUUUCUGUCCCACCUUAGUCACCUCGCCACCAGAGGUUUAUCACAAGGUCCUUCCUCAGAUCCCUGUGAAGAGUGGUGGUCCCCAUGGGGCAGGGGUCCUCGGUGUGCACCUGGAGGGUCCGUUCAUCAGCCGGGAGAAGCGGGGUGCGCACCCCGAGGCCUACCUGCGCUCUUUCGAGGCCAACGCCUUCCACGACGUUCUGGCCACCUACGGGUCCCUGGACAACGUCCGCAUCGUCACACUGGCUCCUGAGCUGGGCCGUAGCCGGGAGGUGAUCCGGGCGCUGACGGCUCGUGGCAUCUGCGUGUCCCUAGGGCACUCUGUGGCCGACCUGCAGGUUGCAGAGGAAGCCGUGCAGAGCGGGGCUACCUUCAUCACCCACCUCUUCAACGCCAUGCUGCCUUUCCACCACCGGGACCCUGGCAUCGUGGGGCUCCUGACCAGUGACCGGCUGCCCCCAGGCCGCCACAUCUUCUACGGAAUGAUCUCCGACGGCAUUCACACCAACCCUGCCGCCCUGCGCAUCGCCCACCGGGCCCAUCCCCAGGAGGAGCCUCUCGGCCCCUCUGGUGGGGUGCCAGAGCCUGGGUGUCCCCACACCCCAUCCAGCGUGCCUGGUGGCCCCUACCCUCCACCCCCCCAGAGCCUGCCCUCUCUGCUCUCAAGGCACCAAGACCCUGUGCGGCAGCAUAGCUCCGAUGGACGUGUGCAUCCGGCAUUUCCUGCAGGCCACAGGACUUGGAGCGCCAGGGCCGUGGGGCGGGGUGAGGGUGGUCACCCGCUGUGUCUCCUGAGCAGGCUGCAGUGUGGAGUCAGCCCUGGAGGCUGCGUCGCUGCACCCCGCCCAGCUACUGGGACUGGAGAAGCUCAAGGGCACCCUGGACUUCGGGGCUGAUGCAGACUUCGUGAUGCUCGACGACUCCCUCCACGUCCAGGCCACCUACAUCUCGGGCGAGUUGGUGUGGCAGGCGGCGGCGGCGAGGCAGUGACCUGGACCCCAGCUGGAGGACACCCGCCUCACCUGGACACGGACAGCACUGGGCUGCCGAGGAGCUGGUCUCCGAGGAGUGAAUGGGAGCCCUGUCCUGGGUGAAUGACCUGAGCCCUGGAGGCGACUGGCUCGGAUAAACCGUCUACCCCAAAGG